ACAAAUUUGUUCCACAAUCGACCCUCACUCAAAUACUAUAAAUACCCAUCCCAGUAUUGAGGUUUUCAUCAUCAAAAGCUAAGCAUCAUCAUCUACCAAAGAUUUUACUUCUCUAUUUCUGUAUUUCUUUUGGUGUUAUAAAGGAAAAAUGAACCAAUCCCAUAGCAAUAGCUUCCAAGCUGGCCAGGCUCAGGGCCAAGCUCAGGAGAAGACCAGUCAGAUGGUAGACAAGGCUAGGGAAACUGCACAAUCUGCUAUGGAUUCAAUGCAACAGGCUGGGCAGCAGAUGCAGGCUAAAGCACAAGGCGCAGCAGAUGCCAUGAAGGAUACAAUGGGGAUGAACAAAUGAAACUACUCCUGCUUGAUCCCAAAUUACCACACCUCUCGGGCACCUAUCUAUCUAUAUAUGUAUGUAUGCAUUUUUAGCUUUUGAUUUUUGUUUUGGCAAAAUUUUCUUCAUUUUGCUCAUAUAAUCUGUGAGCCAAGAAGAAAGAUUUACCCUAGAAUUUUCAGUUUUAAUGAAUUUUGGGUUGUAAUAAGGGUGCCUGUUGCUUAGAAGUGUGGAAAAGUUUCCGUUUCCUCAGCUAUUUUCCUCUAGAAAUAUAAUAAAAUACAAAUUAACUGC